UCCUUUCAUUCUGCAAAAGUGAACAGUGUUGUCCAUUACAGUUUGAAUGAGAACGCGUGAAGACUUGAGAGAAGACUUGGGCACUUGUCCUUCCAGUUGAUCUCGUGACUGCUUGUUGAGACUUGAGAGAAUUAUUAUCAGUUCAAGAUCGAACAGAUCUUUUCAUAUUACUUCAUCCUUAGGUUUCUCCUUUCUUCCUUGCUCUGUUCUAGAUUUCUUCUGUGAACUGAAUGGUUUGGAUCUCUGAGAUUUCGCUUUGAAUUAAACAUCCAACGUUAACGAGAUUGAAUAUCUACAUAGAUUCUGCUUCCGUUUAAUUUAUGCCUCAGGAGUGAAUGAGUCUUGCGACUCUGAAUCCUUGCAAUGGCACUUGAUGUUAAUGGAGUUGGGUGUUCUUCAAGCUCUUACGGAUCAACUAAGAGACGGAAAUAUGAUGUGUUUUUGAGUUUUCGAGGUGAAGAUACUCGCACAAGCUUUACUGAUCAUUUAUAUGAUUCUUUAAGACGCAAAGGAUUAAGAACUUUUAGGCAUGAAGAAGGACUUGAAAGGGGACAAUAUAUCAACCCAAGUUUACUACAAGCCAUUGAAGAAUCUUGUUCUGCAAUUGUUGUGCUCUCCCCAGGAUUUGCUUCUUCAACAUGGUGUUUGGAUGAACUCCAAAAGAUUCUUCAUUCAAAAAAAGAGGUGGGUCUUCAAGUAUUUCCAAUCUUUUAUGGUGUAGAUCCUUCUGAUGUUAGGAAACAAAAGGGAAGUUUUGAAGAAGCAUUCAUGAAGCAUGAAGAAAGAUUUACACAGGACAAAAUGAAGGUGCACAGAUGGAGGCAUGUUUUAGAAGAAGUUGCUAGCUUAUCUGGUUGGGACUCACGGAAUAAGCAUGAAACAGAAUUCAUUGAAAGCAUUGCAAAAGAAAUGAAGUCUAAGUUACACGAUGAAUCGCCAUUUGAUCUUGGUGCAUUAGUUGGAAUUGAAUCAAAAUUAGAUGAGUUGGAGUCACUCAUAGCAAUUGAUUCAGAAGGAGUUCGUUCUAUAGGAAUAUGGGGAACAGGAGGCUUAGGCAAAACUACUCUUGCUAGAGCUUUUUAUGACUGGAAGUGCAAGGAUUUUGAGGUUUGUUGCUUUCUUCAUAAUAUCAGAGAGGAAUAUGAAAAGGGUGAUUUGAUUUCAUUGCAAAGAAAUCUUCUUUUCUCUUUGAAUAAUAAAAGAAGUGUGGAAGUGGAUGAUUGUUAUGAAGGAAUUAAGCUGAUAAAAAACAUGUUGCAGGAUAGAAAAAUUCUACUAGUCCUUGAUGAUGUGAGUGAUAUAGGCCAACUUGAAUAUUUGGCUCGAGAGCAAGGAUGGUUUGGCAAUGGGAGUAGAAUAAUAUUAACAAUAAGAGGCAUGCGUUUGUUAUCAUUAUAUGAUGUAUCUGCUCAGUAUAACAUCGGAUUCUUGAGUGGUGACCAAUCCCUUCAACUUUUCCGUCAAAAUGCUUUUAAGGGAAAAAAUCAACCAAAUGAAGGUUACUUGAUUCUUUCUAAAAAUGUGAUAGAAUAUGCUGGAGGCCUUCCUUUGGUUCUAAAAGUGUUAGGUUCACUUCUUUGUGGAAGAACUAUAGAGGAAUGGGAGGAUGCACUUGCCAAGUUUAAGAAGGUUCCUCCAAAGGACAUAUUGAAGAUACUUAAUGUGUGUUUUGAUAGAUUAGAUGAUAAGGAAAAGACUAUAUUUUUGGAUAUUGCUUGCUUUUUUAAUGGGAUCGACAAAGAUCGUGUCACACAAAUUUUAGAAACUUUUGAUGAAGAUCUUUACCCAAAAAUUGGAAUAACAAUUCUUAUUGAGAAAUCACUAGUAAUCAAUCGUGAAGGGCGUUUAUGGGUGCAUCAUAUUCUUCAAGAUAUGGGUAAAUAUAUUGUCCUCCAAGAAUCAUUUGAUAAGCGUUCUAGGAUAAUGUCUUUGAAGGAUGCCAAUGAUGUACUAAAAACAAAUAAGGGGAUAGGAGCAAUUCGAGGUAUUGCUCUAUCAUUAGAAAAAUCAUCAGAUGAACUUUGGGAUCCUGAAGCCUUCUCAAAAAUGAGUAAUCUCAAGUUACUUAUCAUUUCAAGUUGCUCAUCACAUGUUUCUCGUUGCCAAUUGAAUCUUCCUCGUGGACUUAAAUCUCUUCCCAAUGAAUUGAGAGUUUUUGAAUGGGAGGGGUACCCUUUAGAUUCUCUGCCCAGACAUACUCAACCUGAUAAACUUGUUCAUCUAAAAAUGCGACAUAGCAAGUUAAAACAACUUUGGAGAGGAACACAGUCUCUACAAAGGCUGAUGUCCAUUGAUUUAUCUCAUUCCAAAUACCUAAUCAAAACCCCAAAUUUUGAUGGAAUUCCUAAUCUUGAAAGAUUGAUUCUCAAAGGGUGUUCUAACCUUGUUGAAAUUCACCAGUCCCUUGGGCAACACAAGAAUCUUGUCAUUGUUAAUUUGAAAGGCUGCAUAAAAGUUAAAAUCCUUCCAAGAAAAUUUGAGAUGGAUCGUUUACAGACUUUUGUUCUAUCUGGUUGUUCAAAAAUUAGAAAACUUCCUGAGUUUGGAAAGGAUAUGAAAUGUCUCUCUAAGCUUGAUUUAGAGGACACUUCUAUAUCCAAGCUACCUGAAUCACUGGGCAAUUUGAUUGGUCUUGCUGAACUAGAUUUGUCAGGCUGCAAAAAUCUGGUUUGCCUUCCAAAUAAUGAUUGUAAAUUGAUAGCUAGGAACAUUAUAACAAUUUCUGGUUGGUCAAAGCUUUCAAGGAUGCCAGAGGAUUUGAAUGAAAAUGGGGCUUUGGAAGUGCUUGAUGUGGGUUGUCGAAUUUCUAAAGAGGCACAAUCAAUUUGUGAGUACAAUGGUCAAGCACAUUCUUUAACGUCAUGGAGUCGCUUCUCCCUUCUCAGGAAGGCAUUUGGGUUUCAAAGGCCUUCAAACUCAAUAAAUCUUUUCUUGUCCCCUUCUUUUUCAUCCUUGACCGAAUUACAUUUAGAGUGUUGCAAUCUCUAUGAUGGAUCACUUCCUGAUAACAUUAGCAGCUUUGCAUCAUUGGCAACAUUAAAUUUAAGUGGAAACAAUUUCAUUGACUUACCAUCUGGCCUCAUUUCCAAUCUUUCGAAGCUUCAAUGGAUUGUUCUCUUUGAUUGCCCAAUGCUUAAGUCCUUGCCACAACUUCCGUCAAAUCUAUCAGUUAUUUGGGCAAAUGGUAGUCCAUCAAUGGAACAUUACAUAUGUUCGCAGAAACUAUGGGAGUUCAUUGAUUCAUUCCAAUCUCAGGUUCAUAAUAUCAAUGAUUUCUCAAUAUUAGAUGAUUCUGAAGGACAUAAAGUGUUCUUUUUAAGUCACGUGUCUGGAAUUCUUACAUGGGAUUCACAAAUUCCUGACUUCAUGCAACCCGGUCGCCAAUUAAUCAUUCCUGGUAGUGAAGUGCCAUCAUGGUUUCAUAAUCAAGACUACUUUUGUGAGAAAGAACUCAAUGAUCGAAAUGUGUCAUUCAUAGUAAGCACGCCUGAAUAUUGUCGAAGAAGUGAAUGGUGGGGCAUAGCCACAUGCUUAGUGAUAGAAAACGAUUUGGCAAAUGACGAAGAGUUUGAUGCUGUUUGGUGGACAUCCAGAUUUCCUAAUGAUGAAUUUCCAAAUACGUAUGGUUGCUCUGUCAUUGUGUUACAGGCAGAUUGGAGCCGUCAACUCUGUAUUAUAUAUAUUCGUUGUUCCUCUUUAGUUGUAAACAAACUUCAAAUGGUAUUUUUUACUGGACUUAAGACAUUGGGAAAUGAUGAGUCACCGAAGUCUAAAGUAAGGAAGUGUGGAUGGCGUGUGGUGUGUAAAGAAGAUGUUGAAACAUGGAAUGAGUGUUGUAGUAGCAUCAAUGAUGGAAUCAUAGUUAGCCCAAAACGCCAAGCCACCUAACAAAGUGCAUAAAAUGAGAACAAGUGCUUCAAGAGAUGUCAAAAGAUACCAAAAAACCAGAGAUAAAGUUGAGAUUCAUUGUAACAACUUAAGCAAUCCCAAUGAAGUUGAGAAUAAAGAAGGCCGUAGCUGUUGGGAGUGGAUUUCAAACUUUUGGCAUUCCAUUGAGCAUCUCUUUCAGACUUGGUGCUAAGGUUAUGUACAUGCGGGAACUGGGAAUUGCCUAAGACAUUCAAGAAGCAAGGGCUAGAUACAGGCUAAGAGCUUAUCUAGUUUCCUCUACUCUCCCAUCCUGAAAUUGAUAUGAGAGUAGCUAAUAAACUUGUAUGAAUUUGAGCUUGUCUCUUACUUUUUUUUUUUUUUGGUCCCCUUAGCAAUUUUUAAGGUAUAUGCUUAGUCAGCUCUUUGCUUCAAGCCUUGUUUGGCCCUCACAACCAAUGAAAUUGAUUUGAUGUUCUAUUGAAUAUGAAAAAGGGAUUGUGAAAUUAGAUUUUGAA